CCCACUGGGUAUGAGGCGGCAAGACGCGCUGGUGGUGACUGCGGGGAUGGCCAAGGAGGCCGGCCGUGAUGCUGAGCAGCUCGCAGGCCUGGGGUGCAGGGCGCGUGGGGAGCCCGGCGGCUGCCCGCAGGAGCCCCGCAAACAGUGGAAGACGUUUUUAUAUUGUGAGCCACACAAGAGAAUUAAGGAGGUCCUGGAAGAAGAACUUUAUAUUAAGAGAGAUGAAUGCCACAUUAAAAAUCCACCUGCAGUGGCCCUAGAAGGGGUUUGGAGCAUCAAGCGGGAUCUCCCUGUAGGAGGUCUGACACCAGGACUACAGAGCAGAAACAGCUUACUGCCACAAGCCAAGUACUACUCGAGGCACGGAGGGCUGAGAAGGUAAGAAGAGUACAACUUUCCAUCGAGGUGGAAACUUCUUCCUAAUGGCUGAAGAAUAUGGAAGAAACCGAAGCUUGCUUCUUGGUUUAAGAUGUUUGAUUAAUUUAUUAGUCUGUAAUAUCUUAAAAGUCAAUCCAAAGAAAUAAAAUAUUAUUGGUAAAUAGGC